GCUCCAAAGAAGAAAAUCAGCGUGUGGAGUCACACUAGUUGGUGGUUAUUCAUUGAGCCGGUCGGAGCCGGUAGAGUUGGCAGAGAGUACGAGAGAGAAAUAAGAAGAAAAAAAAAGUGAUCAGCUUUUCUCAAUUAUAUAUAAUUCAAGUAUUUUACCUUUUUAAUUAACAUUCUAAAAAAAAAGUAUUGAUAUCAAAAUUCUGAGUCUUGCAAGGAGAAAAGUUCCGAUGAUUUUGUGUUUAGUAGUCUGACGUGGUCUUGUGAAAACGUGAACACCACAUUGGAGAUUUUUCAAAGUGAAAGGACACAAAAGUACUUUUCCACAUUCAAGAAAGUUGAUUUGAGGAAUUUAUCAAAAGAAAUUCCUAUUUGAGAGACAUUUAGUGUAUUUGUUGGUGGUUAAAUUGUAAUUUUUUGGAGAUUUUGGUGGGAUUUUGGUGGAAUUUAAUCGUCAAAUUGGAAGGAACUUCACGAAAUUUCUGUACACGUGGUCAAUAUUGAGCAGGCAACAAGCAAAAUCAUCAUCAUGGCAGCUGGGGCUAAUCAUCAAUCUGGCACGAUAUGGUAGCUAUUCGACCAAUAGUUGUUCUGUCUACGCUGACACUUUUGCUCGGUUUAACGUGGUUCCGGCGCAAAAAACGCAUAAACUCUGACACAGGUGAAAAAUCAUCUGAUUCGGGUGCAAUCUCAGAUGAGGGUGGUAGUAAGCACGAGGAUUUGGUGACGUUGCGCAAUUUAAAUUCGCGACCGGCACAGAGUGCAUCUGUUUGCAUUGCUAACGGCAACACCCACAUUACCCCGUCAAAAUUAGCCAAAUCGGCACCAAUUGAUAUUGUACCGAACGGUAGGAGUCCCCCAUUGGCGAUUGGGCGCAAGAGUGUGGGGGCUGUUGAUAAUAAUCCCAAUAAGAUUGAUGCUGAUGUACUCAAUGCAAAGAUAAGGGAUAGUGAAUUGAAGACAUUGGCAUCCAUUGAGGAGCAGGAGGAUCUCGAUUUGGGGUCACCAAUUGAUUUACCGGGGUCAUUUGAACGGAGACCCUUUAAUUUUCACAAAACCAUCGUGAAUGUGGCUGAGGAGGAGCCAGUUGUCAUUAAAGCGACAAUGAUUGCAAAAGUAUCGCCCAAAGACGAUUUUCUUGAGCCACCAAAGUAUGUUAAUACAGAAGAAAUGAUGACGGCAACAAAGAAGAGUCCCGAAGUUGCAGCCGGGUCAUCGUCGUCAUGUGCAACGACAUGCCGGCAAAUGCCAAUGGAGAAUGGGGGGAAGCACGAUGAGGGGCAGGAUGGGCAGAAUCAUCCACCACCACCAAUCUCAAGUCCACCGUUAAGUUUGUGCAGCAAUCACUCUCUGGACUCGGGUAAGGGGUCCAGCCCACCGUAUUCCGAGGGUGCCCCAGCAAAUUGCUGUGAAUUCCUCCUGCCAGCCGUAAUGAUUGGGCAGAUGAUUGGGCGCAAGGGGUCGGUUAUACAGCAUUUGAAGAAGACUACUGGUGCCACUGUGGUGAUUCGACGUCAUCCCGAUACGACAAAGUUCAAAAUUUGCGUCGUUGAGGGAACUGAGGCUGAAAUUGAUAAAGCACUUACGGAAAUAAGGAGGAUGUUUCCACUGGAGAGGUAUCCUAAAUUCACAAUGGAGAAAAUUCAAUAUUCUCUCCCAAGUCCAAUGCAAUCGAUGGAUCCGGCAUUCAUUAAUUUGCAACUAAUUGAGGGGAUUAACAAUGACGUGGUUGUCAGCUCAAUCCUCGAUGGGGGUCACAUUUUUGUGCAGCAACCCCUUCAUCCGUCGUAUCCAUCGUUGAAUAAUCUGAAUCAGCUGAUGUAUCAGAAUUAUUCGUCAAAUCAAUCACCAAUGUUGGAGAAUCCCACGGAGAAUUCCGUGUGCGUUGCAUGCGUGCAGAAUAUGUGGUACCGCGUGGUGGUGCUCACGUACAAUGAUGAAACCAAAAUGACUCUAGUAAAAUACUUGGACUAUGGCGGUUUCGGUAGUCACCAAUCUGCGGAUUUGCGACAAAUUCGCCAUGACUUCAUGAAUGUCCCAUUUCAAGCGAUCGAGUGCACGCUGUCAAACAUCAAGCCAACCGGCGCGGAAUGGUCUCCAAUGGCAGCUGAAGUCCUGCAAAGUCUCACAACUGGUAUGGUUCUCCAGGCUCAAGUUGCAGGUUAUACACCUGAAGGCCUUCCAGAGGUCUACCUCUAUGCCAAUUAUGGCCCAGAUAACAUUGUGUUUCUAAAUCGGGAACUAGUUGCUCGUGGUUUGGCGGAAUGGGUUGAGGAGGAUACGGUGGCGUAAAAGGAAAUAAUAAUAAAGAAAAAAAAUAUGUUUGAAUAAUGACUGCCUAGGGGUUAUAUAGGAGCAAAUGAAAAUGCAAGUAAAAAAAAAAAACAUUUAUGAUUUUAAUCAUAAUUGAGUGAUAUAUGACAUAAUAUUCAUCCUAAAAAUUAAUGAAGAAAAAAAAAUGAGAAAGAUAUUUAAUAAUAGAAAUUCGAAGAGUGCGAGAGAAAAGAUUUAUUUCAAUUUUCUUCUAAUGGAAUGAUUGAUUUCACAUUUUUUCACAUUUUUGUUUUUAUCAUUAAUUUAUCAUUUUUUGCACACUAUUAAAUACUGAUAAAAAUAUCAUUUAUUUUUCUUUUUAAAAAGAAUAAUUCUUUUAAAAUUCAUUUGACUAGUUUGAAAAGAUGAUGAUGAAAAACAAAACAUAGUGUGAAUAUCUUAAGCUGUUGAAAAUCUUUAAAAAAAAAAGAAUAAUUUUCUUCUGUAAAUGUUAAUUUUGUGAAUUUUGUGGUUUUUUUUUCUUAUUUUCAUUUAUUCGUUGUACAUACUACUCAAAUUUUAAUGAAGUCUUUAGACCCAUUUUUUUAAUUUAGAAAAAAAAAGAAUAAAUUCAGCAUAAUGUAGAGAUGCUAAAAAACACGAUAAAGAGUAGAAAGGAUAUAGGAUAGAUGGAGAAAAAAAGUAUAUAAAGAAUUGAAUUAUUAUAUCUAUUAAAAAAUAUAUAACAAUGAAUUUUUAAUAAAAAAGAAAUACGAAAUAGUGAAUUUAUUAUUAUAUAAAAGGAUAAAAUCAUUUUUGAAUCAAUUUUAUAAAUUUAUGAGUGUCUCAUUAUUAUCUCAUUUAUUUCUCUUUAGCAAUUUAUUAAUUAAUUAACUAGUUUUUUUAUUAUAUAAUAUUGAAAUAAAUAUAUAUUUUGAAUGGUUAAAUCAGCCCAUAAAUAAAUCAUUCUUAAUUGAUGUAUCAUACACGAUGAAAAAAAAAUAGGUAGAACAGUACAAAUCCUGAUUUAUGUUAAGAUUUAUUAAAGGAAAAUCAUAAAAUUUAAUGAAAAUGAUUAAUUUCUCUGACUUGAUAGAUUGACUUCUUUAAGUAAAAAUUUAUUAUUUUAUAUAUUGAAAAUUAAAUGUUUUUUUUUUCAAUUUUUUUGUGAAUUCUAAAAUGAAUUUCUUAUUGUCACCGAAUGCAGUUUUGUUUGCUUUUUAACUUUGAAAUUUUUUUUAUUCUUAUAUAAAUCGAAAUUUUGAUUAAAUCAACGCAAAAAAAUGGCUCAGUAUUUAAAUGUGAAUUCAUGAAUUUUUUUAAUUGGCAAAAUAUUUUUUUUUCUUGAAGAUGAAUAAGAUUUGCAAAAGAAGGGAGAAAAAAAAGAGAGAGAAAAGGCAAAUAAUUGAGUAAAGCAAACGCUUAAAACUAUUUCACUGUGUAUAGUAUAUUUUUGAUAAGUGAAUAAGAAGAUAAAAAAAAGAAUAUAGAAAUGAAAAUAGAUUUUGUACAUUUUAUAAAUUUCAAAUUGUUCACAUUGAGGUGUUUUGUCUAAUCAAUUUUUACCAAUUAAUUAUAAAAAAAAUUAAAAUAACAAAUUCAUCGAUCCUUUUUGCAAUUUGUAGGAAAUUUUAACGUUUUUCUUUUUCAUGAUGAAUUUUUAAUAUAUUUUUUAUUCCCAAAUGCAUGAAUGUACAUAGAAAUUGGUGAAGAAAAAAUCGUAAGAUUUGCAUAUUAUAUAUAUUUGGUUUUAAGAUGAUUUUCCUCUGCAAGAAAUCCUAUUACUUUGUACAUAUAAAAAAACAGGAGAAACUUCAAUUGAAGAAUCAAGCUACAAUGAACAAGUAAAUAAAUAAAUCUUAAACAACCAUUAA